GGGCUGUGACGUCAGGUGCGCGCGUGGCUCGGGCUGCGCAGGAACAGCUGGUCCCUGGGAAGGCGGCUGGCCGGCGGACACGCGUGGGGUGCGGGUGGCUUGCCGCGCCACGCUGCGGGAGCAGCCGCCGCCUAGCACCACUGCACCAUGUCUGGCCAGCUGGAGCGUUGCGAGCGCGAGUGGCACGAGCUGGAGGGAGAAUUUCAGGAACUGCAGGAAACUCACAGGAUCUACAAGCAGAAGCUGGAGGAACUGAAUGCACUCCAGACUUCGUGUAGCAGCUCCAUCAACAAGCAGAAGAUGCGACUGAAGGACCUGAAACUCACGCUCCAGAGGUACAAGCGCCAUGCCAGUCGGGAGGAGGCAGAGCUCGUUCAGCAGAUGGGCACCAACAUCAAGGAGCGGCAGAACGUCUUCUUUGACAUGGAGGCCUACUUGCCCAAGAAGAAUGGGCUCUACUUGAAUCUGGUUCUCGGUAAUGUGAAUGUGACCCUUCUCAGCAACCAGGCCAAAUUUGCCUACAAGGAUGAGUAUGAGAAGUUCAAGCUCUACCUGACCAUCAUCCUGCUCCUGGGUGCUGUGGCGUGUCGAUUUUUCCUUCACUACAGGGUGACAGAUGAAGUCUUUAACUUCCUGCUCGUAUGGUAUUACUGCACCCUGACAAUUCGGGAGAGCAUUCUUAUCAGCAACGGCUCGAGGCUGGGAAGCUUGCCUUUCUCUCCCCUCCUGAGCUCUUUUCCUUCUCUUCUCUCAAGAAUUAAAGGCUGGUGGGUGUCUCACCACUACGUGUCCACAUUCCUGUCCGGAGUGAUGCUGACCUGGCCUAACGGACUAAUUUAUCAGAAGUUUCGCAAUCAGUUUUUAGCGUUCUCCAUUUUUCAGAGCUGUGUCCAGUUCCUGCAAUAUUAUUACCAGAGAGGCUGCCUCUACCGACUGCGGGCCCUGGGGGAGAGGAAUCACCUGGACCUCACUGUGGAAGGAUUUCAGUCUUGGAUGUGGCGAGGCCUCACCUUCCUUCUGCCCUUCCUGUUCUGUGGCCAUUUCUGGCAGCUCUACAAUGCCGUCACAUUGUUUGAGCUCUCCAGCCAUGAGGAAUGCAGAGAAUGGCAGGUGUUUGUGUUGGCGCUGACGUUCCUCGUCCUCUUCCUCGGCAACUUCCUGACCACACUCAAAGUCGUGCACACCAAACUCCAGCAGAACAGAAGCAAGGCCAAGAAGCCGUGAGCCACGGGGCCGGCGCUCCUCGAGACCCCGGACUUUGAGACUGCAGGGGAUCCCAGGCGGCGUCCUUGCUGCCCAUCUCCUCCCCAAUAGCGCCAGUGACCACUGGCAGCGGUGACCUCAGGGGCCAGUGCAUCACUGGGAGCAGGGCCAAGGCCCGGUCCCUGGCUGGACAAGAGGAAUGUGACCCCAGCCUGUCGGCGCAGUAUUAGCCGGCCCCAGCCUCCCUAUUUAUGACAUAUUUAAUAUUGCCUGCCCCCUUCCCUAGAAUCUGCUGCCCUCCUUCCCCUGCUACUCUCUCGAGACUGGGUCAGUCUUCCUGGGAGCGGGCGGGGGGAACUAAGCCUCAGGGACCCCCUCUGUUCCCCAUCCUAUCACUGAGCCCCUCAGGUUUGGGCUUCAGACGUGCCUCACUGGGGGUGGGUUUCGGCUGAUCUGCUAGUUACUGAGUCCCUGGUGGGUGGAAGGAAGCCUCUCGGUGUCCUGCGGAGUCUCCCUCCCCGGGCACUGCUUCUGCUGUAAGCUCCCGGCGGCCUCCAGGGUGUUUCAGCUCUCAGAGAACCACUGUCCGUCUGUGCCUCCUGCUCCUUGUGCUUCCUGAGUCUCCCUGCUUGCUGGCUGCUAGGGCUUGGCCUGAGGCAGGGGAGUUUUCUGAGGGUCACCACCAGAGGGCACCCCUGCACUGUUUGGUUGGUUUGAGGGCGUGUUUCCCUCCCACCCUCCGCCCACAAAGUUUGGGUCCACUCUUGUGGGAGGGGUGCUUCCUGACCGCCACUCCUCAGCCCACCUUCCCAGAUUCAUGCAGUAACUCAGGGAGUGGGGACAAGACUCAGCCCUGGUUGGGACUUCAGCCAGCAUGGAGGUCACCCGUGCUCCGGACUUCUCCCCUUCACCUCAGAGGUUCUGGAAUGUGGGGGGAGGACGGGCGAGUCUGAGCAGGCUCGCUUUGUGGAGGUCACCCUCUGGAGGUCAUGGCAGGUCUGCUGGUCACCUCACAUUAGGUUCUCUAUCUAUGAAGAAGCCAAAAGGUUUGGUUGCAUUUUCUGCAUCUUCUCGUAUGGGCUUCAGCUGCCCUUAACAACUUACCUAGAAAUCUCUGUUGGCCAGAAUUCACAGAUGGUGUCUGUAGUCAUGCUCUGGCCCUCGAAGGAGUUUAAGUUUUCAAAAUAUGGUAUUUCCCCUCCCUCCAGUAAGAUCCCACAUGAAAAAUCCAGAUUUCUACUUUCCCUAGAGAGAUGGAAAGACCUAGAAACAUUCCCAUAGAGCAGCAUUUGGCUGGGCUGAGCUGCCUUGUCUAGGGUGGGGGCUUGCUUUCUAGUUUGCCCCACCACUUCCUUUCAUCCCUACCCUACUUCACUCAUUUGGGUCUCCCAUCUGGCCCUUUAGGAACUUGGGUUUGCCCCAGACUAGGAGUUGGCAAACUUUUUCUGUAAAGAGCCAGAUGGCAAAUAUUUUAGGCUUUGAGGGCCAGAUGGUCUGUGUCACACGAGUCUGCCGUUGGAGGGCAAAGGCAGCCAAUGUAUAAAUGAAUGGGAGUGGCUGUGUUUCAAUAAAAGUUUAUUUACAAAAAUA